AUUGGCCAAGGCUAAGUUGGCCAAUCCGUCCAAUCCGAACCAGCGCUUUUUACCGCCAAGGUAGUACAGCGAGUACAGCGCUGGUACAGUGUCGCUGUUUGUCCACAGUCUAUCAAUUAGCUAAACAUAUCUGACGCAGUAGCCUAGUAUUUUUUAACUUUUCUAUCCUGGGCCAAGCAAGCAUUCUGUUGACCCCAAACAGGACGCACAAUGGAGGGAGGCGAACACUAUGAGGUUGAACGAAUUUUGAACCACCGCCGAAAGCGUUCCGGGAGGAACGAAAAGCAGGAAUACCUCAUCCGGUGGAAAGGGUUUGGACCUGAAGAAGAUACUUGGGAGCCUGAAAAGAAUUUGACAGGCUGUGAGGAGCUGCUCCGCGAAUAUCUGGCCAGUCUUCGCGAGGACGAAGAGGGCACAGAGCUGAUGGCAACUGUCUCUCCCACGCCACGGAAACAGUACACAAGCGUGCUUGAGAAAUCGGCGAGCAAGACCCUGGAAGCAGCUGAGAUCAUAACAAGACGCCGUCUGCAGGUUGACCAGUGGCGCAAAGAGGAAGAGAGCAGGAAUUUGGCACAAGAGGCCGCAAAUGGCGUCUGGACAUCUGGGAGGCAGCCAGGAUUUGGGACAACCCUGCCACUGCGCCGUGUUGUCAUGGCUGGCUCAAGCAUCAUUCUGGCAUGUGCGGCGACCUUUGCUCUUUAUUAUGCUGGGAGUGCACAGACCUUGAGGGGAGUGUUGAAGCACAACUGGCUCUCGGCCAGUGAUGACAGUGCCAAUGCCAACACUACAUUGUAGCUGAAAUAAGGGAAGAUCAUUUGGUGCACGGAUUCUUGUUCAUCCUAAACACCCCUCACCACAUUUUACUCCUCACACCUCUGCUGUACUGUAUGGUAGGCGUAGGGAGGCACCUCAAGGAAGAUUACAACAAAAUGGUAUUUGGUGUUUCCCUGCUGUGGGGGGGGGGGGGGGGGCUACUGUAGGCGCUUUGCCGAGUGGCUUUGUGGCCGAGCUCAGCCAGCUGCAGGUUGAGGAGCCCGUGACUUCCAGUGCCUGGCACUUUUAAGAAGCAUUUUGUCAAUUAGAGUAUCGCCUAAAUUUCCUGAAUGUGACUUCUGCAUACAAUGAAAUAACAGAAUUCAGGCUUGAAUUCUACGCCUUGGAAAAAAAGGUUGCAAGGUUUGAAACAAGAAAAUAGCAAAUUGCAGUUUGCACAGAUUGUUUCCCCUAAUUGGCUAGUUUGCACCGGUUGCAUGAAACUGUGAUGAUGAGAGCUGUGUUAUUCACCCGUAUUCACCAGGCGCAAGUAGUGCCUUUUUAAUCACUGACUAGUGAUGUCAUCGACUAAAAUGAUCACGUGGCGAGCGAUAGUCGCCGCUAAGUGAGCGCUUAGUAUUCAUUGGUCGUGUUUAGGGCCUAGUUGCUCCGCGCGACCUAGAAGUCGACUAACAAAUCUUAAUCAUGGGGUAGGGCUAGUUUAUUUGGUGACUAGCGGCUCAGCGCCAUGGCAAACUCGUAUCACCGCUGAUCGCCAGCGCUAACGAAGCACUUACUGUCUCGGAACGCUGGGGGACAUUUAGAAAGAAUUGGAGGAGCAAAUAAUGUGUAAAUAGCCAUGUUCAGUGGUCAGAGAUACCGCUAAAUAGAUCUCAGCAGGGCGCUGGACGACGAGAAAAAAACAACAUUUACGGGUGCUUCCAUAUUUGUUUAUAUCUCUGGCAAUGCGGCUUCUGUGUUUCUCCCUGGCGUUGUUUUUUUAAAUUUUUCUUUGUAAAACUCUGUCUCGGACAAUAUGUCUCUCAUUGUUACUUUUUUUUUUCCUGAUAAACAUGUAAAGUUUAGUUUUUUUACGAUAAAAUACCCAUUUAUGCGGUGGCGUUUAAGUAUGCAUAUUCGUGACCUAUCUUUUUACGUCACUUCGGCUUCUUAGUUCUGACUAGAUAGUCAACCGCUCGCUUCGCGCUCGUGAAUACCGCGGAACAUAAUCGCUCAUUAGUCGCGGAUUUCUUGUUUAGCACGUCGUGCUACUAACUUUAAAACGGCGCUAGUUAGUUGCGCCUGGUGAGUACGGGUGAUUAUCUUUUAUUGUGUCAAGCAGCACUGUAAGAGUGCUUCGUAAUAAUGUAUUGUCCAUUGACUGCCUCUUUGAGCAAACUGCACUGUGCAUUGCUUGCAAGUUGUCAAAUUGUUGCUGUCCCCUUCGUUGACAAUAGACCUUAUUCAUUAUUAGCGCCAUCUCUCGGCGACCACAAGUACUAUCAAAGGCUCGGCGCCAUCUCUGAGGCUUCUCCACCGUCCCCGUCGCCCGCCGCAGUACAAACCCCUCUCCCCGCGCAGCGUUCGUGCAUGUUCUUAUGUUGUUGUUUUUGUAUAUUGAUGGUGUCAGCUGCUCGAGAAAAAAGUUACGAAUAUUAAGCACAAGUUUGUAUUCAGUGGUUUCCCUAAGAAUAUUUUUAUAAAAAUGAGCUACAUUCUAGCACCAGAGCAGGCCGACUCACGCACUUUUUUUAGAAUCGUGCGUUAACUUACUUGACCAGCUGAUUAUGCCUGUUCGCACACGGACGAUUUGUAUGACGUAUUAAGCAGGCCGUCAGCCCCUGUGUGUCAGUUUGUUUUUAUUUGGCAUUCGUGGCGGCGGGUCUAAAGAAUGCGAGCAGUUCUUCACCCAGUGCGCCUUGACCCAGCGUGUGCAGACCCGAAUUGCAGAGUUCUAUGAUGAGGGUGUUGAAUGUUUAAUCUUGGUUCCCCUUUGUCUUGACAUUAGAAAUAUUGCAAAUAUGAUUACACACACACACACACAAAAAAAAACAACAUGAAAUUAAAUUUAUUAACAUUAAAAAACGAGCGUGUUGGUAAAUACUUAAACAACCGGAAAGAAUAAACACAAAUUCGGGACGCAAACAGACGAUACAACUCUUUCAGAGUUGUAUCGUCUGUUUGCGUUCCGAAUUUGUGUUUAUUCUUUCCGGUUGUUUAAAUUUAUUAGUACAUAAACUUUUAUUCAGUUCCUUGGGGAGAUCACCGAAUGGUAGCUCAAAACAUUAUUAUAGGGAAUGUGUGUGAUACAGUGCAAAUUUACUAUAGUAUUCUUUAUUGCAGGUAAAAAAUAAAAACUGAAUAUCUACACUAGCGUACUCACACAAGCUUCUGUGAGGCGCACAAGCAUAAAAGGAAAUGUUUGGCGUGUCGCUGCGGUGCAAGAACACAAAAUAUAAUGUAUUUAAAAAAAAGAAAAAAGAACUAUUCUAUAGAAGCACGGAACAUUUUCCUUUUAUAAUAAUAAUAAUAAUACUAACAAAUAAAUUCAACACUCGCGCAUAUAUCCUUCAUUGUUCUGUCCGUUUUUUUUUUUUUUUUUUAUUGUUCAUACGUCUGAGGGUUACUGUGGAUAUCACUCAGAUACACUGUUUUACACUCUUUUUUUUCUCGCUCAAGUAGGUCUUUUACACCCUAUUAAAGGCUGAUGCAAAGUGCAGAAGGGCUAGGCAAUGAAACAACUUUGUUUUGCACACGAAUGGUAAAUAAAGACAACGGUUCUAAAAAGCAAAGGUGGAUGCUCGUUUACUUCACGCUGUAUUAUUAUUAUCUCGGGACUUUCAGAUUUCGAGUAACAUUUUCGAGAUGUAGACGAAAGCAUAAAAGCGGUCUCUUGACUGCUAACCUGGACCUGUUGGCAAGUUUAACACUAGCGCUUGCUUGCUUUCAACAGAUCGGGUUCGCGCUGCGGGAGAGGCUUUUUUUAUUUGUAGCCAAUUCUGCAAGCCACCACAUUUAUGAGCACUGGCCAUAUUCUAUUGCGAGUAAGAAUGAAAUCUCUGUGACCGCGCUACCAGGAGGUGCACAUUAAAAUGCUGCUGACAUUUAUUAAUGCAUUUUUUUCUAAAGGGGCCGAAGAGUAUAUGUGCAAGUAUUGAAUUUAUUUGUUAGUAUUAUUUUUAUGAUUAUAAAAGGAAAAUGUUUCCGGCAUUCCGUAAAAUAGUGUUUUAUUUUUAUUUUUUUAAAUACGUUAUAUUCUGCAUACUUGCACCGCGGCGACACGCCGGUCAUUUCCUUCUACGCUUGUGUGCCUCGUAUACGCUUGUGUGGGUAUGCUAGUGUAGAUCUUCAGCAUAGUUUUUUUAUUGCUCCUACGUCUCGGGGUUACUACGGGUGUCAUUCACCAGCGCACCUGCGUUUUUUUUAACCUUUUUCCACUAUCUGAGUGAUGGUGACUGGACCUCGCCGUUGCUCUGCGCGAGCGAAGCUGUGAUGCUAGCCAACAUCAAGCUCCCAAAAAUCCCAUAAAAUAAUGGAUGCUCGCUGAUGUUACAUAAAAAUAUCAUGAGCCCUUUGUGCCAUUCUGCAAAGUGUCAUAUUAAGAAAGGUUUAGAAGCCCUGUAAAAGCACACAACACUAACGCACGGGUGUUCUUUUUAGGAGCAUGAAUAGUACAGGGAAGCGACACGGCUAUUUAAACGUUUGCUAUAAUACCUUUAACUUGAAAAGAAAGCAAUACGAUCCAAAUCUUUAGAUCGAUUUUCAUUUUAUUUCCUCGGAACAACAGAGCAGUCGUUCGGACGCUGUGCGUCGCUUUCACACGCCGCAAAUGGCCACAGCGGUUUGCCAGUCGCCUCGAAGAUGGUGUCGGAAGGAAGGUUGGCGCCAUGUCUGACAGAUGGCAGGCGAAUCUGAAUGAGGUCUAUUGUGUGCACAAUGAUUUUGACCAGGUUGACUAUGAAUGUUACCAUGUUAAAGUUCUCUUCUUGGGUCUGAAAAAAAGCAGUAAAUACUUUGCACAGAUGUGAGCAUUACAUUCCUUGCUAGCCUAGUUUUUGGUAUACAGUCAAACCCGUUUAUAACGAACAGCAGGAAACGCUUCGAUCAGUUCGAUAUAGCAAAUCCAUUUACACCGAACUUCCUAGUUGCUUUUGUUGUAAGGCGAGAGCUUCUUUUUCUCUCAUCUCUUCGCUUCCACCUUGUAACAAAGCGCCAAAAAGAUGUUUUUUUUUGGUUUGUUUUGUUUUUUAUGCGUGGCAGAGUUUGUUUUUUUAGCUUAUCUCCCCUUUUGAAUCACAAAAAAAAAAAAAAAACUUCCUCCCAAAGCAGUUGCUGCUUUGGGAGGAAGUUUUUUUUUUUUGUGUGUGUGCAUGCAGUGUUUUUUCAGCUUUCUCCCCUUCUGAAUCACUUCUUUUUGUCAAUUUUGUUCGCAGCAUGAGCUUUUGGAAUUUUCUUUCUUUCCUAGAUUUUUUUGGGGGAGAACGGGCAGGCUAGAAGACGAUUGUUUGCACGUUUUUGGAAGCCUUCCGGGGGGGGGGGGGGGGGGGGGGGGGGGGGAGUUUGAUAUAGCCAAUAUGUUGUUCGUUAUAAGAAGUACUUUUUACAUGCAUUUUUAUUUAAAUUUUCCGUGAGUUUGAUAUCGACAGUAAUUUGCUGUACGUGGGUUCGUUUUGUCCUGAUGUGCGGGCCACUUGCCCAAUGACACGUCUGCAACAGACUCAUGAUGCCUUUUUUGGUGAAACGGACAUUUUCGCCUGAUUGUGUUUUUAUCUCAUACUUUUAUGUAUCUUUGUACAGGACAGUGCACUGCUGCUUAGGCCACUUGGCUGUUUGCAGGCACGCAAAAAAAAAAAGAAGAAAACCCAUACCUCUGUUCUAAACUGGUUUCACUGUAUUAGGCUUCGUCAAGAUUGCAUUGUUUGCUAACCAGCUUUUCAUACGCAAGGUAUUAGAUGCAACAUACCGUAAUACCCCGAGUUAUCGCCCAUCCCACUUUUUAAACAAAUCUUGAUUUAAAAAAGAAACACCGAGUGAUCGCCCAUUUUUACAAAUGCCCCAAUGCGGACUCCCCGAUCUUUGAACGUUCAUCCUACCCGAAUGGCAUGGCCACGGACCUUACAGUUGGAGGACAUCCGUGACAAAGUAAAACGGGGGGAAAAACACUUUUCUUUGUUUACGCACUUCCUCCCUGAUUUCCACGAUACCGAAGUCGUAGUACAUGCGUGCGAAAGGAAAAUGAUGGAGGUUACAAAAUUAAACUUUGUUUUGCUUACAAAAAAAA